AUUUAAUGUAUUGUACUGUCACAAAUAAUAUAGGAAAAAAAAGUUUGUUUGUAUUUGAUGUAUGUCACGUAAAUGGUGUCCAGAGGCGUGUCCACGGGGUCUCUAUGCGGAAUUGCAGGGGCAAGGUCAAUAGUUUUCGGGCAGAGUUAAUAGGAGGAGGCCAAGUUACUUACUUGGCACAACAGGGGUGUUCGGGAGAAGACCGACAGGUGAAGCGCUUGUUUAUUGACGAGCAAAUGCCUUGUUUUGUAUGAACAAAUGGCCAUGAGGUGAAGUUUGACUUUCAGGAAAAAGUCAAACCUUCCUAAAAUGGACUGCGAGAGGACGAGGGCUGCUCGCUCGACGCCACCUCGCCACGAGAAAAGUUUGGGGCUCCUUACAAUGAAGUUUGUCGCUCUGCUCAAAGAGACCCGCGAUGGCGUCUUCGAUUUAAGAAAGGCCGCUGACAUCUUAGCAGUGAAGCAGAAAAGGCGCGUAUACGACAUCACCAACGUGCUGGAAGGCGUGGGCUUGAUUGAGAAGAUAACCCAAAAUAUCAUCCAGUGGAGGGGUGAGAACAGGGGAAGUCAGAACCAGGAGGAUCUCGAGCAGGUUAGGCUUCUCCAAGCCCAAAUCUCUGAGCUGGAUGCCCAAGAGAAAGAGCUGGACAAGCAGAAGACGUGGCUGCAGGAGAACAAUGUACGCCUAAACCGCAGCCCUGACACAAACAACUAUUAUUUUGUGACGCAUGAGGACAUCUGCAAUUCCUUCAGGGGCGACACUAUUCUCCUCAUCAUGGCUCCGUCUGGGACGCAGCUGGAGGUGACUCUGCUCGAGAAGACUGGUCGUGAGAAUUACCAGGUGAGCCUGCGCAGCGAGGUAGCUCCAAUCAAGGUCACGCUCAUUAACCGGGACUCAGACUGCAGCACGCCCGUUGUCUUCUCCUUGCCCCCCGACGACAUGACCACCCCCAUGCUCACGCCGCCGCUGUGCACGCUCUCUGCCAGCCCACACUGUCCUCCCUUCUCCACGGUCGCCCCCACCUUUUGUUCGAGCACCACCGCCUCCUCAUUCUGCAGCCGGGAUUCGCUCAGCUCACACCAGCAGGUGGCGCUGCUUGAACACGAUGGCAUUCCGAGGCUAACGUCCACUCAUGCACUCAUGGGGUGUCUCGAUCAGGCGGUGACCGCUUUGGAGAUGGACCUGUCUGGACCAGAGUUCCACUCUGUUCUGGAUGUGAGCAGCUUGUUGAGGCACAAUGGCAUCGCGGAACACAUGAAGGAAGACAGAGAUGAAGAUGUUGACUUAAUUGAUGAACUGAUCUCUACUGAUGGCAUGGACUACAGUUUCACGUUGGAUGACACCGGCGGUGUGUCUGACCUGUUUGAUAUGCAGGUCCUCAACUACUAACGGAUGAAACUCAAGGAGGUCUGGUCUUCUCUAUACAUCCUUUGACUCGUUUUGAACUUUUGGGAAGUUAUUUAUGACGUUAGUGUCCCUCCAUUAACUCGUUGACGGUUUACAGAGUAAAAAUGCCUGCGAUAUUCUGAACAAAAUUUUGAAUAUUUUCAGCAAUCCAAAAAAUGGCGCUAGUCUGAAUGUGUUUGUUUUGUUGAAAUUGUUGGAAUCCUAAAUUAUUGCGACAUUGUCGUUUCAGGCCUCUGUGUUUUAGUUUCUUUAUGUAUUUG